AUGAUGAGAGUAAGAUUUCUUACAUGCUUCAUCGUUAUUUUAUGCCCUCAAGCCAUUUCAAUCUCGGAUCUACAUCAAAAUUUCAGUUCGCGACAGAGAGGUCUAAACUCAUUAAAUAGCAACAUACAAACAAAUCAAUCUAUUAGUAAUGUAGGAAACAAUGGAAGCGUAAAGGAGAAAAAGUUUGAACAAGCUUACGACACCAUUAAGAGAGCUCAUAGAGGAAAAGGAGCUACUAGGGGUGGUGGAUAUAUUAAUGACCGUUCUGAACCUCGCCGUUCUAGAAACUCUGCUCCAUCCAUGUUAUCUCGGAUUUCAACUAUGUAUGUAAGCUUUGUUUUAAUAUUUGUUUUCUUCUUCCAUGCUAAGUUGCUUUGA